AGGCCUGGUGCUUGUAGGAGGCUCCUGGUGCUUGUAGGAGGCCACAGGCUGUGACCGAGCACAGAAACAGAAGACUCAGAGCCAGGGACGGUGAAGAAACUGACUCAUGGAGGCCAGCACAGCACCCUGGACCAGAUGCCUGUUGGAUGAAAACACCUUCAAUGAGAACUUCAUGAAUCAGAUAAACCCUCGUAAGACCUACCUGUGCUACAAGGUGGAGAUCCUGGAUGGUGACACUAGGGUCCUUCUGGACGAGAAAAAGGGCUUCGUGCAAAACAAGGGUGCUAACGAACCAGGGAAGCCCCGCCAUGCGGAGAGCUACUUCCUGGACCGGAUCCGUUCUUGGAAUUUGGACCGGGGGCUGCACUACAGGCUCACCUGUUUCAUCUCCUGGACCCCUUGUCAUUCCUGUGCCCAGGAACUGGCUACUUUCCUGGGGGAGAACAGCCACUUGAGCCUGCACAUCUUCGCCUCCCGCAUCUAUAGCCUCCCCGGUUAUGAGGCUGGGCUGCGCAAACUGCAGGCGGCUGGGGCCCAAAUCGCCAUCAUGACCUCUAAGGAGUUUGAGCACUGCUGGGAAAACUUUGUGGACCACCAGGAUAGACCCUUUCAGCCCUGGGAUGGGCUGGAAGUAGUGAGUCAACAUCUAUGUAACAGCCUGCAGACGAUUCUCCAGAUGCAGGAAAACUGAAGGCUGGACGUCAACCUCUCUAAAGAAGUCAGGAGACCUCUGUUGAACAGGAGAAAAAAACAGCUUUUUUUGAGAAA